GUGGGCGGUUUCUACAAGCAUUAUAAGUGUGAAAGGACGUUCCAGCUUCUGCAAUACAAGCGUAAAGAGACGUCUGCAGGUAAACUGACAGCCAAUAUCCUGCCCAUUUAUCCAAGGAGGCGCUGUAGGGUUUUACAACAAGCUGAGAAGAUCAUAGGAAUACCGUAGUCCCCAUAUCCAGUCGUGAAAAGGAAAUGCAUACAUCUUUGCCCGUGGCCGUUUAGAAACGUUUCCUUCAUUUGCUGCUGCGGUUUACGGUGCGUCAUAUGGGACCUUUACUAACAGAUAUGCCGCUGGUGGCAUCCUUCGUCGACUCGCGAUCAGAAGGCAGCGGCACGUCUUUCUCCGGUGAGGACUGCCCAAGCCCAUCUGAAUCGGAGAGAGGAGGACAGAAAGGAGUACGUGUGGACCGGAGAGGUAAAAGAAGAGUGAAGAACAGAGACGCUGCCAGGAAGAGCAGGAAAAAACAGACGGAGAGAGCAGACAUUCUCCACCAGGAUCUACAGACCUUGGAAAGUUCUAACUCAGCUCUAGAGAAGGAGAUUGCUGGUCUGAGAAGAGAGUUCCAGCUCUACACAGCCACCCUGGAGCAACAUGAAUCUGCCUGCACCCUCCGGCCCUCGUCUAUACCCGCCAAUAUCCCCUGCUGCCAGAUCCUGUCCCCCUCCGCGUCAUCUAUUGCCCCUGUGACUACCCCGGCACCCACUGUGUCCCCUCAAACCAGCCCGGCACCCGCUGUGUCCCCUCAAACCAGCCCGGCACCCGCUGUGUCUCCUCAAACCAGCCCGGCACCCGCUGUGUCCCCUCAAACCAGCCCGGCACCCGCUGUGUCCCCUCAAACCAUCCCGGGCUCUCUUCUUGCCCCAGUACCUGGAGGGCAGAGGACUUGUUUACCACUCCCCACUCUCGUCACUGUUCCUUCAACUGCCCAUGUGACUAACCCCUACCCUUUUCUUUCCACUCUAUAUUCCCCAAUAUCUAAUAAUGCCUCUCUGAUUGCCCCAAACAAUAUUUGUUCCUCUCCAAUUACCCCAAAAACUAAUAUUUCCCCUCUAACUACCUCGAUAAAUAAUUUUGCCCAUCCAACUACCCCAAUAACUAAUAUUGCCCCUCCAACUAUCCCUGCUCUUACUCUGUCACCCAUGUCCUACCCUCUGACCAUGUACCCUAUGAACUUGUCUACCCCAGCCAUUGAACCCCCAAUAGAAUUGUCCCUCUCCGACAUCCUGGACAGUCCUGAUUGGCUCUGCGACCCUGCAUCACCCACCUGGGGCGAGUUCUAAUGGACCAAUGACACUGUUUGGCGAAUGGUUGAAAGCAGCCGGUGGUUCUUCGGCCCUAUUGCCUCUGACCACUGAACAUCAGUACUGAUUUUCUGGCAAUUGUCUGACGAAUCUCUACGUUGAAUCUCCACUGUCCAUCGACAGACAACCACUAGGUGAUCUACAGCCAACGUCUGUGAUGAUGUGUCUUUCACGGAGUAAGAUUCCUGGCACCCUGUGAAAGACUCAUUUAGGUUUCUGUUGAAAAGAACAGAAAGACACUUAAAAUUGAUGGACUCUGGUGUUUGGUACAUGUAUAUACCAAGCACAUGUAAUGGUUGUUCACAUCUUGUGAGGAAUUCUGUAGCUGUUAUGUUGAUUCACGGUUUGUGUUUUUGACUAACCGGCCCUGUUCAUUGGUCAUAACAGACUAUUGGCCCUGAUCAUUGGUCAUAACAGACUAUUGGCCCUGUUCAUUGGUCAUAACAGACUAUUGGCCCUGUUCAUUGGUCAUAACAGACUAUUGGCCCUGAUCAUUGGUCAUAACAGACUAUUGGCCCUGAUCAUUGGUCAUAACAGACUAUUGGCCCUGUUCAUUGGUCAUAACAGACUAUUGGCCCUGAUCAUUGGUCAUAACAGACUAUUGGCCCUGUUCAUUGGUCAUAACAGACUAUUGGCCCUGAUCAUUGGUCAUAACAGACUAUUGGCCCUGUUCAUUGGUCAUAACAGACUAUUGGCCCUGAUCAUUGGUCAUAACAGACUAUUGGCCCUGAUCAUUGGUCAUAACAGACUAUUGGCCCUGAUCAACUUCUUUGAGAGUAGAAUAAUUGAUUGAUUGAUUGUAAUAAUCUUUUUAACUCACAUAUUGAGUUAAUUUAUUUGUGUAUAAAAUCAACAAUUCAAUGGACUUUCAAACCUUUUAAGUGUGAUUUUAAUUAAUUGUAAAAAGCUGCAAAUGUAUUGAACAGGCUAUAGACAAAACGAAUAGCAUAUGACUAUAUUUGGAAAACCACAUCUCGUACAAUAUAAACUACGUCUAUAUUCAAAAUAUCCCAGAUUUAGGAUUAAACACAGGAUAUACAGGUAACUGCCAAAGGAAACUCCAACAUAAAGUGUCUUAAUGAGACGUUGGGCCACCGCCAGAACAGAUGCAUCUUGGGUAGUGCCUUCAGAAAGUAUUCAGACCCCCUUGACCUUCUCCACAUUUUGUUACGUUACAGCCUUAUUCUAAAUUUGAUUAAAUUGUAUUUUUUCCUCAUCAAUCUACACACACAAUACCCCAUAAUGACAAAGCAAAAAGAGGUUUUUAGAAAUGUUUGCAAAUGUAUUACAAAAAAAUAAAAAUAAAACUGAAAUAUCCCAUUUACAUAGGCAUUCAAACCAUUUACUCAGUACUUUGUUGAAGCACCUUUGGCAGCGAUUACAGCCUGGAGUCUUCUUGGGUAUGACGCUACAAGCUUGGCACACCUGUAUUUAAGGAGUUUCUCCCAUUCUUCUCUGCAGAUCCUCUCAAGCUCUGGCAGUUUGGAUGGGGGGCGUUGCUGCACAGCUAUUUUCAGAUAAUUAACACGUGAAAAGAUUAUGGGGAUGAACGUGGACAUCUUCAAUAUGCACCCAUUGUUUUUAAUAUAUACAGUUGAAGUCGGAGGUUUACAUGCACUUAAGUUGGAGUCAUUAAAACUUGUUUUUAAAGGCAAGAAUGGCCUUCUAGGCCAUCAAAAGGAACAUAAAAUUUGACUUACAAAUUUUGAUCUGGCUAAAAUUACUCCGCUCACCAACCAAGAAUUCACAAAAUGAGACAAACACCAAAUUGAGACUCUGCACGCAGAAUUCUGCUAAAAUAUUCUCUGUGUACAAUGUGAAACACCAAAUAAUGCAUGCAGAGCAGAAUUAGGCCGAUACCCACUAAUUAUCACAAUCAAGAAAAGAGCCGUUAAAUUCUACAACCUCCUAAAAGGAAGCAAUUCCCAAACCUUCCAUAACAAAGCCAUCACCUACAGAGAGAUGAACCUGGAGUAGAGUCCCCUAAGCAAGCUGGUCCUGGGGCUCUGAUCACAGACACAAACAGACCCCACAGAGCCCCAGGACAGCAGCACAAUUAGACCCAACCAAAUCAUGAGAAAACAAAAAGAUAAUUACUUUGACACAUUAGAAAGAAUUAACAAAAAAACAGCAAUAGAAUGCUAUUUGGUCCUAAACAGAGAGGACACAGCGGCAGAAUACCUGACCAAUGUGACUGACCCAAAAUUAAGGAAAGCUUUGACUACGUACAGACUCAGUGAGCAUAGCCUUGCUAUUGAGAGAAGACCGGCUAUGAAUGAGUUGGAAAAUACCACAAGAAAAGGGCAACCAGUGAAGCAGAAUCACCAUACAACCCAUAUUUAUGUUUAUUUAUUUUCCCUUUUAUACCUUUUAUACUAUUUGCGCAUAGUUACAACACUGUAUAUAGACAUAAUAGGAUCUUUGAAAUGUCUUUUAUUCUUUUGGAACUUUUUGAGUGUAAUGUUAACUGUUUAUUUUGUACUGUUUAUUUUACUUUUUGUUUAUUACCUAUUUCACUUGCUUUGGCAAUGUAAACAUAUGUUUUCCAUGCCAAUAAAGCCCCUUGAAUUGAAAUGAA